AUGUUGACUAUACGGCGACAUUUGUUUCGAGGAAAACUCAAGUCGGUGUUGCCUCCGCCUCCGAAAAAGACUCACUAUGAAUAUUCAAUCUCUCCAAACACAUACUCCUUCAAAGUGCCGUCGUACAAGCGGCCGCUCAAUCCAAUCCAAUUGAUCUAUCAGCAAGCAGUCAAUUUCCCGUUUGAAAAAUCUGUCAACGAUGUCUACAGGUCGUAUCCAACCAUCACCUCGGCUCAGCAGCGGAACCGGAAAACACGACCUAAAGGGGUGCUCAUGUCCUCCGCAGACUUUAUUGAGGAUCUGUUGUACAACAAACAUUACGGGUAUUUCCUGAAAGAAGUGGAGAUUUUUCAACCGGACAAACCAUUCAAAUACUCCGACGUGGCAGAUGUCGAUGACUUUGUGGAGAACUGGAGGCAGUCGUACCCCAAGGCCGACCCAAAGUCCAAAUCCUUGCAAUUGUGGCACACUCCAACCGAAUUGUUCAAUCCGCACUACGGCGAGAGCCUUGCUCGAUAUAUUUUACUCAACUACAAACUCAACGGAAGCUAUCCGUAUGAAGACUUGGUCAUAUACGAGAUGGGUGGAGGUAAUGGUACACUCAUGUGCAACAUCCUCAACUAUAUAAAGCAGCAGGAGCCGGAAAUAUACGACAGGACACAGUAUAAAAUCAUUGAAAUAUCCAAUCAACUAGCUGAGAAGCAAGCCAAAUCGUAUCAAAAGAGGCUCCAGUCAGAGGGCCUCAGCGCAGACAAGUUGGAGAUUUUCAACAAAUCCAUCUUUGACUGGGACAAGGUUGUCGAUGAGCCGUGUUUUUUCAUCGCGUUGGAGGUCUUUGACAAUUUUGCCCACGAUGUCAUCAAGUACGACAUGCACUCGGGGGAGCCGCUAGAGGGCAAGGUUUUGAUCGACAAGCAGGGCGACUUUUACCAGUUCUUCACGCCCGAACUCAGUGAGUACUCCAAAGCAUACUUGCAACUCCGAGAAAGCGGUAAGCUUUCGAUCUUGCAGUCAUCAAGUUUCAACGCCAAAGUUGAAAACUUGAAAAGCUUGUUCAAACAAGUACAUCCGCUCUUUGAAUCGCCCACCAUGGUGAAAUUGAAAAACCUGGUUCUUCCGUUCAAUGAUGACUUGACAACGGCAGAAUACAUUCCAACCAGGCUAGUCAAGUUUUUCAACAUCCUCAAGCACAGGUUUCCCAACCACUCGUUGAUCAGCUCCGACUUUCACUACUUGCCCAACACCAUUGCUGGAUACAAUGGCCCCGUUGUCCAGACUAUCUUGAAUGGGGAUACCAUCGAUGUUAGAACUUACAUGGUUCAACAGGGCUACUUUGAUAUCAUGUUUGCCACAGACUUUGAAAUGGCCGAGGAGUUGUACAAGCAAAUCACUGGAAAAAUCCCAAAGAUCAGCACACAUCGGGAAUUCCUAGAGAAAUGGGCAGAUGUAAACGCCACAAGCACCAAGAGCGGCGAGAACCCGAUGCUAGAUUUCUAUAGGAACGCAAGUUUUUUGACAAGUUGA